AUGGACAGUCGGCUCCGAAAUAUUAAAACAAAAGAGAAACUUGGCGGAAAGGGGAAGUUGACCAACGUUUUGAUAAAAAAAUUAACAAAAUAUUAUGGAUUGGCAAUUAGGAGAAAUAUUGAAUCCGUUGAUGAUAUGGCAAAAGCUAUAAUGACAUAUUAUCAUUUAUGCUCCACGAAUAAGAAGCCAAUGCAUGAAAACUGCUCGCCGGGACCUGACAGCUGGUGCAGGUAUCAUGUCGCUCAGGCCUCAGAUACAAAUUUCGAUCACCCGCCUGCGCUUCAUCCAGAUGUUGCAAAGCAUUUAUUGCCAAUUUACAAAGAUUUAUCAAGGAAAGAUCUGUUAGAAAGGUGUUUAGGCGGGCACACACAAAAUGCCAACGAAAGCUUCAACUCCACGGUUUGGCGUUUAGCUCCGAAACACCUACAUUCCGGAAUAAAAGUUAUUGAAAUUGCCGCCUACAUAGCUGCUGGUGUUUUCAAUGAAGGUUAUUAUGCAGUCUUGAAAAUAAUGGAAACGCUACAAAUCAACAUUGGACAGCAAUGCAAAUUUUUUGCUGAUACAUACGACGCCGAGCGGGUGACUAGGCAGGAGCGCCGCAGUCUAAGUAACACUAGAGAGGCUCGAAUGGCUCGUAGACAACAACAAAUCGAAUUAAACGAGUUCUAUGAGGAAGCUGAAGGUUUGCUGUAUCGGUGUGGAAUAGCAAAUUAG